AUGAGUUCCAACAAGGCCAGCAAGUCACAAUUGAGCGCGUUCACCUCGUUCAUGACGGGACUGGCGUCCUCCGGAGGUGACAUUGCCUCUGUCACCGCCCCUCCCUUCAUUCUGGCUCCCAUUUCUUUGGUUGAGUACACCCAGUACUGGGCACAAAGCCAGCAGCUGUUCCUGGACGCUGCUGAUGACGGAAUCAGCGGCGAGGAGCGAAUUCUGCGAGUGCUGAGAUGGUUCAUUUCCACGCUGCGAGGCCAGUACUGCUCCCGAAACGAGAGCAUGGGAACCGAGAAGAAGCCUCUCAACCCCUUCCUCGGUGAGCUAUUUACAGGCAAGUGGAGCGUCGGCGAGGGCGAGGACUUCUCCGUUCUUGCUGCCGAGCAGGUGUCUCACCAUCCCCCCAUCUCUGCCUUUGGUAUUUUCAACGACAACAAGGGAGUGACCGCUGAGGGUUACUUUGGAUUCAAGACCUCGAUUUCCGCCACCACUAUCGGUGUCAAGCAGUUUGGCCACACUCUGCUGCAUCUUAAGAACCAGGACGUUUCGUACCUGGUAACCCUCCCUGCUCUGCACAUUGAGGGUAUCAUCUACGCGUCCCCUUACGUCGAACUGGAGGGCCACUCGUUUAUUCAGUCCUCCGACGGAUACAAGAUUGAUCUCAGCUACUCCGGAAAGGGUUACUUCUCCGGCAAGAAGAACACUUUCAAGGCCAAGGUGAUGAAGGAUGGUGCUGUUAUCAACACCGUCAAGGGCCAGUGGAGCGGUAAGUCUUCGCUGUACAAGGGCGACGGCAAGGAGAAGGGAGACCAGGGUGUCCCCUUCUUUGACUCCAUGGCCACUGACCAGCAGAAGCUCACUGUCAAGCCUAUCGAGGCUCAGGAUCCUCUUGAGACGCAGAGGGCAUGGGCUCCCGUUCGAGAGGCUAUCAAGGAGGGUGACUACGAUAAGAUCCACACGGAAAAGAGCAAGAUUGAGCAGGCACAAAGAGAUCUGCGUGCCGAGGAGAAGGAGAAGGGCGAGUCUUGGCAGCGAAAGUGGUUCACCGAGGCCAUCUCUUCCAAGGAGGACCCUACCACCGAUGCUGUUUACCGGGGUCUCCUUGAGCAGCUCGGCGAGGAGGGUCUGUUUGUGCGAGAUUCCAACUGGCGAUUUUCUCGAGACGGUUACAACUCUGGCAACGUCCAUGCCUAA